UGUUAUAGAGAGAGAUAAAUCAAUUUUAAAAAAAUGGAAAGAGUUCUUAUAAAUAGGUGUAAAAAUGAAAGCAAGAAGGAAGUUGAAAAUGAAACAAAUUAUGUGGGUGAAUUAAAGAAAAUAAAAGAGUGUAAAAAAAGUAGUACAAAUUUGCCACUAGUCAAAAUCAAUUAUUUCCAUCAAAACAAUUUACUAUCUGUUGCGACAAACAAAAAUAGGAAUGUAAAUUUGGGCAAGAUCAAGGGUAAUUUUGCAGUGGAAUGCCUUCCCGAAUAUAAACCAAUUGUCCUGUUUAAACUGUUGACGAGGAACAAUACCAUUUCCAAGACUCUCGUUUACACAAAUUCUGAACAUACCGCACACAAAUUGGCGCUUUUCAUGCAAUUAUUGUUGAAACGGAUAAAUGUCACAGUUGGAGAAUUGUCUAUGAAGCAACAUAAAAGUAUUCUCAGUAAAUUCGCAAGUGCAGAGAUACAAGUGUAAGUUUUAUGUUUUCUUAAGAUAAAAUAAUUCUAAUUUUUAUAGGGCAUUUUUUUCAUUUUGCGAUUAUAGAUUUGUUCUUUUUGGCUGAACUCGUAGCUGAACUGGCUGCACUAGUUCAGAGUUUAUCUCUUUCCCUACAAUG